AUGACGUUUCUUAGAAAAGACAAGUCCAAGCUGGACCUUCGGCUGGCGUUUUCCAUGAGUUCUGCGGGCGGAACUCAGGGCGGACAAGAACAGAGACAGGAGCUGAGGCAAGAGCCGAACGCUGCCUCUGGAUCGGAACAGAGACCGGAGAAUGCCAAUGUGGCGCCUUCGGGUGGUGCUGAAAAGAAGGAGAAGACUCCCUUCUCGCAGAAACUCUCCAUGAACCUGUUUUCGGCUCCGUCGUCUAGGAAACCUUCUGCUACUCCACUUUCCCAUCCGGCGUCCCAGAGAGUUCCAUCUUCGGCUCAAGACACUCGCCACUCGUUUAAACCCAGCAUGCUUGCGGCGUCUACCAGCGUUCCUGAGCCUUCUCCUACAAGCACGACCUUUGGGGCUUCGAAUAUAGCGUUCACGCCGCUUAGCCAGAAAAAUAGAGACGCUAAUUCUGUAAAGGAGGGCCUGGGCCUGCUUCUGCCUGUUCUGCUGUCUGGAUCGGGUUCUCUGGAUCACCAUGCGCCGUACCGGUUGGAGAUCAGGUCUCAUUCGUCCGGUUCAGUGGUGAAUGAUGACCAACAGAACCAGCAGAACCUGUCGAGGCCGAACUUUUACCGUACAAACACUGCUGACAACUACCUGCCGAGACUGCUGGUGGUUCUGAUGCCGCAACUGCCCGAACAGCAUGUUCACCAGACAAAAGAGCAAGGAACUGAUGAAAACGUGCUCAAGAACAAUUAUAGGGGCUUCCAUGGCACGAAGGCUCCCCAGUCCAAUGUUCCCCCAUUGAGUCAACCGAUCAAGCCUCGUUUUCGGAAAAAGGGAUCUAGCUUGCUCAACAAGCUUAUUCAUUCAAACAGGAAAGAUUCGGAACCUUCCGAUCAAGAAUCAUCCUCAAGCGGCCGUAAGGGUACGCUGAACGGACAAAACGUAACUGACCACAAGGGCUCUACCAGCUCUUCCGGCUCCAAGCACAAAUUCAGGUUACCAUCCAUCUCUCUGCAUCAUCACCAUCACCAAGCUUCCGCUCAGAACCAGCCUGAUCACGCUACCCGCCAUGCAUCUAUAUCCGAAGAGAGCUCACAUCCACUGGUUUCGGAACCAACUUCUGGGGAUGCUUCUCGGAGGAAAUCUGCGAGUAGCGCAUCUGGCGUCCCUCUCCAGUCGAGCCCAUCGAAAGUGUUUGAUCUCGACUUGAACUUUGACGAAAUGCAAAGUAUCCUUCGAAAGCCAGACAAGGCUCCUAUCCGUCCAUCCCUUCAACUGGCUGGAAAUAGUGCAACCGAUGUGACUGAUCAAACGGAGGAACCUUCGAAACAUGCGGCUGGAUGGCAAGCUCCGGACUCUUGGGACGUCACUGGAGAAGCCCCAAACGCUGCUGUUGGUAACAAUGUACCAAGUGGUGCUGCUCGCGUGGACCAGUCUUCAGAAUCUGACUUGAGUAAAGUCGAAGAGAGACGUGAAACAGCCCGCCAUUUGGUUAAAGACUCUCUGGAAGAUUCAUCUAACAGCCUGUUGUCUUCGGCCGAGGGCGACCAAGUUCGUGGUCCAACAGACGUUCCUAGGAAGCGCAAAACUUCGUCACGCCCUUCGAUACCCAAAAGAAGACUUCCUAUACUUUUCGGAACUUGGUCCAAUGGCCUUCCUGGCGUUGAAGGUAAAUUAGCUAAGGGACCAAAUCAUAUUGUUAGAGUAUUCAAGGAGGAUAAUACUUUCACCACUAUCUUGUGUCCUUUGGAAACUAAUGCUGCUGAGCUCUUGAGAAUCGUGCAAAGAAAGUUCUUUUUUGAAUCGAUUUCAAACUAUCAUCUUGCGCUCUAUGUUGGUCGAAACGUUAAGGUGCUCGAGCCUUUUGAGAAGCCCCUCAAGAUUCAGAUGGGUUUGUUGAGCCUUAGCGGAUACUCUGAAAACGACAACUUCAGAAUAAUCGGUAGAGAAGAUUUGUCUUUCGUGUGUAAGUUGGUUGUUGAGAAUAAGGUCUUGCGAAACUUGACUCACGAAGAAGAAUCCGUUGUUACCAAGGACUACGUCGAUGUUGACAUUUCAAGCUUAGAUCUCAAGACGAUCCCUAUCAUUUUCCAUCAGCAUACUUAUGAGAUAGAAAAGUUGAACGUGUCGGACAAUCCAGCCAUUUACAUUCCAUUGGAUUUCAUUCAAUCAUGUACCAAUUUGUCUGCGAUCAACUUUGCUCGAAAUGGCUGCUCGAAGUUCCCGGUGAACUUUUUAGAGGCCACUGAUUUGACGUCGCUUAAUAUGGAGGCCAACUUCUUAGACGAUAUCCCACAUAAGUUUGGACAUUUGACAAAUUUGGUUAACUUGAAGCUUAAUUCUAAUCAACUUUACAGCUUGCCAAAAUCAUUUGAAAGACUUACGAACUUAACCCAUCUCAACUUGUCUUCCAACUACUUUGAAGAUUACCCAGAAUGCAUUAAUGAUUUGGUUAACUUGCAAGAUCUUGACUUGUCUUACAACGAUUUGCACUCCAUUCCAGACUCCAUCGCCAAGCUUUCGAAGUUAGUCAAGCUUAACCUUUGUACUAACAAGUUGACGGGAAGUGUUCCAGCAAGUUUCAAGAACUUGAGCAAUCUUAAAAGAUUGGAUAUUCGUUAUAAUCAGGUCUCGAAUGUGGAUGUUCUCGGUGACUUGCCAAAUUUGGAAGUGGUCUAUGCUUCCAAAAACAAGAUUUCAGCCUUCAAUGACAAGAUGGAGAAGUUGAGAUUACUUCACUUUGAUAGGAAUCCAAUCACUAACUUAGAGUUUGAGAUUUUGCUUCCGAUGUUGACGGUUCUUGAUUUGUCCAAGGCCAAACUCACCAUGUUACCUUCCGAAUUCGUCACUAAAAUACCCCAUAUUGAAAAAUUGGUUUUGGAUAAGAACCAUUUAGUCAACUUACCAGACGAACUCGGUAAUUUGCCAAGGUUAACGCAUUUGUCCUUGUACGGCAACAACAUUCAGACUUUGCCUGCUUCAUUAGGCCAGCUUUCUUCCUUGCAAUACUUGGACUUGCAUUCUAAUAACAUUCUGAGCUUACCUGCCGAGAUUUGGAAUUUGAAGAACUCAUCUAUCUUGAACGUUGCUUCUAACCUUCUUUCCUCCUUCCCACAACCGCUGUUUGCUAUUGCAAAAAAGAUAUCUUCAUCAGCUAGCCUACGUGGGGACGAAGUGAGAUCUUUAGAGGAAGCUAACGAGUUGAACGCUUCAGCUAUAAAAAGUCGCCCUAUGUCGCUUGCAGACAGCUUGUUGUCUUUGACCCUUUCUGAUAACCGCUUGAGCGAUGACUGUUUCGAAGCCAUCUCUUUGCUCAUACAGUUGAAGUCUUUGAAUAUUUCUUACAAUGACAUCUUAGAGAUUCCUGAAGGAGGACUUGCAAGCUUACUGAAGUUGACAGAGUUAUACCUUUCUGGUAACGGCCUUACGAAGCUUCCUGCUGACGAUCUUGAGGACCUUAGCUGUCUUAGAUUGCUUUACUUGAACAAUAACAAGUUGUCUACUAUCCCAGCUGAAUUGAGCAAGUUAAAGAACCUUACUUACUUGGAUGUGGGAUCCAACUUGUUGCGUUACAACAUCUCUAACUGGCCGUACGACUGGAACUGGUUCGCCAAUACCAAGUUGAGAUAUCUCAAUUUCUCUGGUAACAAGCGUUUUGAGAUCAAGCAAAGCUAUGUGAAGAAUCCGGAAACGGGAGAAGACCUUGAUAGUCUCUUGGUGCUCAAGGACUUGAAGGUCCUCGGCUUAAUGGAUGUGACAUUGACAACGCCAGCUGUUCCAGAUCCAGGUAUUGACGUUCGUCUCAGGACUGCGUCUUCCGAGCUCGAUAAUGUGGGCUAUGGUGUUUCUGAUACAAUGGGUAUCCGUGAUCAUGUCUCGUUUAGAGACGUUUUCAUGCAGAAGUUUAGAGGCAAUGAAAAUGAGCUUCUCAUGUGUUCUUUCGAUGGAAAAACUGGUGCUCACCAAGGAAGUGGGCAUCUUCUUUCCUUCUUGGCCAAGCAAUUCUUCGUUCCUAACUUCACUAACGAAUUGAACAAGAUCAAGUCUGAUAAUGAGAUCAAGGACGCGAUGAGAAGAGCUUUCUUGUCUUUGAACAAGGAGAUCAAUUCUGUCUUUGCAGCCAAAAAGGGAGAUUAUUUUGCGCCAAACACGGUGAGCCCAGAGCUUGCUGCUCUUAAAAUCCCAGAAGACUCAAUCACUGGUUGCUCUAUGUGUGCUCUUUACAUCAAAGAUAAAACAGUCUACUGUGGUAACAUUGGUGAUAUACAACUUGUGUUAUCGAAGAGCAACGGUGAGCAUGUUCUUCUCACAACCAACCAUGAUCCUACCAGUAGGGAUGAAUUCGAAAGAAUUAGAGCAUGUGGUGGUUACGUCUCGGGAGAUGGUGCUCUUGAUGGUACCCUUCAAAUCUCUCGUGGUGUGGGCUUCUUUGAUUACCUUCCACACACUCACUCUGGUCCUAGCAUCACGACAUACACUCUUUCUGGUAAUGAUGAUGUCCUUGCAAUGGGAACUAGGGUUUUGUGGGACUACAUUUCAUAUGAUUUGGCGGUGGAUAUCCUUCGUCAAAGCAAAGAAGAUCCUAUGAUUGCUGCCCAAAAGUUGAGAGAUUAUGCUGUUUGUUAUGGUGCCACGGACAAGAUCUCGGUGAAUGUCAUUUCCAUUGGUGACCGUAAGAGCAAGAAAAAGAAGAGUUUGUAUAACAACUUGGGCCGUGAAGCUGAUCUCGUUGCCAAUAGAAGAAGAAGAGAUAGAGGGGCUCAGUCUGGUGACACUGCCCUCAGAGCGUUGGAUAACGAAAUUGAGCCUCCGGUUGGUGAUCUUGCAUUGGUCUUUACAGACAUCAAGAACUCUACACUUUUGUGGGACACUUAUCCUGUUGCCAUGAGAUCUGCUAUCAAGUUGCAUAAUACUAUCAUGCGUCGUCAAUUGAGAAUUGUUGGUGGUUAUGAGGUGAAGACUGAAGGUGAUUCUUUUAUGGUGACGUUCCCAUCACCCACAUCUGCUUUGUUGUGGUGUUUCAAUGUUCAAUAUCAAUUGUUGAAUGAAGAAUGGCCGUCUGAAAUCUUGGAGACGAACGAGUGCUGCGAAGUUACCGACAACAAGAACAACGUCAUCUUUAGAGGUUUGUCUGUCCGUAUGGGUAUUCACUGGGGUUCACCUGUAUGCGAGCUUGAUAUGGUCACAAGGAGAAUGGACUAUUUUGGUCCGAUGGUGAAUCGUGCUUCUCGUAUUGAGUCCAGUGCUGACGGUGGUCAAAUUGCUGUCAGUUCAGACUACCUCCAUGAAAUGGAACAGUUGUACAAUAUUCAUGAGAUGAUAAAGUCAGGUAACACGAGCUUAGAAGCUGCUUACGAAGGAAACCUUCGUGCUGGAGAGAUUAUUGAGAAGGAAAUUGCAUCGUUGGAAGAAAUAGGAGUAUCGUACUUCCCGCUUGGAGAACGGAAGUUGAAGGGUCUUGAAACGCCAGAGAUGAUCACAUUGGCGUACCCAAAGAGGCUUGAGCUUAGAUUUGAAAUUUUCAAGAAGAGAGCAGACGAGAAUGAUAUGUUCAAAGGAAGGAUUGUUGGCGCUGUUCCUGUGGAUGCAGUGUACCAAUUACGUACGCUUUCGCUUCGGUUGGAAAAUAUUUGUGCUGCUGUGAAUGUUGGUAUGAGAAUGGACGAAUCUUUCCUGAAGCAUUCGUCAGAAGUUAUUCUGGAAUCCACAGCCAAGAGGUUUAAGGAGAUGGAGCUUGUGGCCCUUUUGAACCACCUGGUUACGAGAAUCGAGAACAGUAUUGCCAAUCUCGAGCUUCGUCAGACAAUGCUUCUGCUGAGCGGAGGAGAUGGCCGGAUCGACUUUUUCGGUAGUCCUGAUAUUUGGACACUUAUGGAUGAAGUGAAGAGUUUCAUUAGAGCUGCUAGUGUUUCGGAGCGCGUCAAAGGCCACACUACUAAGGCUCUACUCAAGCUAUCCAUGUCUCCAACCCUGCCCGAGUCCCAGCGACGGAGGCGCCAUUCCUCCUUCUCCUUUCAACCUUCAACCAGUGCUACCACGGUUCCAUGGAUCCGAGAAACUACGUUAGGUCAAAACUUGGGCAACCGGGCUAAGGCUCUUGCAGAUUCAAAAACACUGUCCCUAGGUCCGUCAGACUUGGUCCAUUGGGCUCGUCAUUAUGGAGAAAGGUCGUCCCAAUAUCUUAAGAACGAUUUUUCACCUAUCAGUGAAGCUGAUCCGCCUCGUGAUCAGGACGGAUUCGUGGGAUUCUUUCACUUCUGCAAUGGACUUGACCUAGCGGCCGGAACCAGCUCCAUUGAGCAACAGAAACUGGAGUUCAGAGCCAGGUAUAUCAUCAGUCCAGCGCCAAAGUCACUGAGUGUAGUAGUGAAUUCACAAUACACCAUCACCUCGAAAGUAUCGAAAAAGCUGCAUACCUAUAUUGGUGAACACUGCCAGGAUAUCACCCAAGCUUUUCUAGAAGAGCUAGCGGUGCUGCUGUUGCUUCGAAUGCUCGUGGGAGUUGACGAUCCAGCUCAUCGCCUACUGGGCACUGUUUCCUACAAAACACAAGUCUCAAACAAGGAACGAUACUCAAGGACAAUUGAACGUCUUGUGGGCUUCUUACCACGUGGUCAUUCAACUGGAACCCGUGCUCAUUACGGUGUGGCAUCAAAUAGUGGUACCGACACUGCAAAGACUGUUCGUUUUAGAAAUAGGUUGGUGGAUGGUCUAUUACGUGUCGUUUUACUCGAUACGAGCGGUGCUGCUGCAGAUCUUGCCAUUGAUACGAUCAGGUCUAAAUUCGGACCCAGGGAAUUCACAGCUGUGGAGGUGAAGCUACUUCGGGCUCAGCAUGGCACUAAUAAUAAUCAACGGUUUCUUUCCAUUGUCAGGGACCAUAUGGCGCUGGACGCGGACAGCACACAAGCUGCCAUUCUAAUAGGAGAGCAAGUAAGGUUUCUUAUAUCCAGAAGUUCAAUUGCUGUGGCUAGACAACUUGCUGUACGAGCAGUUUCGAUGCUUCCCUUGGAUUUCGAUUCGUGGUAUAACUUAUGUGUCUGUUAUGUGCUAGAAAAGAAGUAUGACGAUGCUUUACAAGCAAUUAAUUCGUUACCAGUGCUUCUUCAGUCUAAGAAAUCCUACGACGGUGACUGCGUGGAUGGUAUUACUGAUACUUUCGUUCUGACCUUUAUGGACAGACUGUCUCGUGGGCACAUUACCAUCAUGAGCGAAACUUUUGCAGACUAUUUCCCUGUUCCUCGGAAUGAAGAAGAGUUCGAAGCGGGCUCUGUCCAGUCGGUGUGGCACGGAAUGUUUAAGAAAGAGUCUUCGAGGCACCCUAUGGUUGGUCCUUUUUAUCAGUCUCCUUUGACCACAGCCAGCCCAAUGGAAAUGUCUGUUGUUGACAGCGGGCUAGUGAAAGUGGCUGGACCAUCUUCAGCGAAAAACAUGCUAGCAGCUCGUUCUGCCAAUUUGCCUUGGUCUUCGAUAAUCGACUUUGAUAGAAAGUCAACUUGGGGACGAGUAUACGACUUGCUUACAUCUUUGGUGGCAAUAAUCGGAUGGGAGAACUUGGUUGCAAUCAAGCAAAAGGUUUUCAGGUCCCCUGUUGGCCGGAAUCAGGACAAGGAGUUUGUCGUUUCCAACACUUCCAGUGCCCAGAAAGAAGAAUGUGUGCCAUGGCUCGAGCAACUCUUUUUGGUGGUUUACGAUGAUAUUCACACCAUGAUGACUGUCUCCGGAGGAUCAGAUCCCGAUCACCAUCGCAGUGCUUUGGCAUGGGGUAUGAUUGGACUUGUCAGUUGGGGAUGUAAGUAUAACUUGAAGGAUAGUAUAUCUUCGUUGGCCACAUGCGCUGCCGGUGUCACUGCUGACGGAGGAUUUGAUUACUAUGCUACUGUGAAGCUUUUGGAAAUUUAUAACGAAUUCGUUUUGAGUGAUGUCGAAUCCUCAACUAUUGAUCUGCUUAAUUGCGUCUACGAUAAUCAUUCGUACACAAAUAAGCUUAUUGUGCAAAGUAUCUCUCCCAAAAUGUACCGAGACUUCGUACAUCAACUUAUUAAUGGAUACAUGGCGCUUGAAACGAUGUUGGUGCAUAUCAUGAAACUUGUGGCGUGGGAAUUACGUUGGUACAAUUAUGUUCCUUCGUACUUGAUCGUGAACACUUUGAUCAAGCUCUGCCAACAGCAAGACCCAGUGGAGGUUAGAACGAACUUUAGACUUGUGUUUGAGAAGUUUAAGCUUCAGGCUGUGGACAGCAAACUGAAUAAAUUCUCGUUACUGUCAUGGGCGAUACCGUGA